AUGAGAACAAAGAUGGCGGUCGAUUUGACUGUCGCACGCCGACAACUUGGAGAGGCCCUUGGGGACUUCUCUCAAACGUAUGAUCUCUUGUUUUUUCUUUGUUUAAGGAAACUUUGAUCGAAUGUUAUUUUAUAUUCUUUGUUCUCAUUUUAAGGUACUGGAACAACAUGAAGCUGUGGUACAAACAAAAGGUAAUAUCGAUUAUAAACACUGUAUAUUAUCUAUCUGUCACACUUUAAAUUACCGCUACUCUUAAAGAAAAUAUUGUUUCUGCUUUUCAGAGGAAUCUUUUACCUUGUUUAAAAUAAUGUUAAAUUGUAGCUGUAAGAGUAAAAUUUUAAUUCUUGUGUCAGUAUUAACUAAGCAGUAUUAAGCGGAAACAUGAGCUUGAUAUACUGUCUUGUCGGAGGGACUUUGUGGGCACGUGCUGGGGUGGAGUGCGGUGUACCCUUAUCCAUCACAAACCUUUUUACUGUACAGCUUAUUAUCAAUAUGUGAGUAACACAUACAGGGUCGUCUAAACAGUUUAAAAACUUUAAAAGUGGAUUCAAAGAUACUCAUAGAUAUCAUGGUAAUAUACAAAGUGCAAAAGAUGGGAUGGGUGUUUAAUAAUAAUAAUAAUUUAUAAUAAACGUAAUAAUAUACUGUAAAAUUGCAAAAAUAAGCCCCUCCAUGUAUAAGCCCUUUUCAAAUAUAAGGCCCCCCCCAAACUCGUAAUGCAAAAAACCCUCUGUUAAAUCGCCCCUUCAAAUAUAGCCCCCGCCCCCGGGGGCUUGUACUUGGAAAUUGCCCUCAAAUACAAAGUAAAGCAAAGCAAAAACGGUGAAUUUCCUUUCAACUAUAAGGCUAGCCCAAUCAAUUUUGAAACGCAAGAUUCCCUGCGUAGAUAAGCCCCCCCCUGAAAAUAAGUCCCUCCAAAAUUAAGCCCCUCAAAAGGGGCCUUUGAAAAAUAUAAGCCCCGGGGCUUAUUUUCGGAAUUUUACGGUACUAAUACUACUAUUAGGCCAUUUCCGAGUUCCUAGGGAAAUGACUUUUUAUUCUCAUGCAAAUAAAACUCAUUUUCACAAGAAAAGUUGUGCACUUGGUCUCAUUUUGAAAGUGAGGCUUCUGGAACUCGCAAGUGGCAUAUUAUAUUGUUAUUAUAUUAAUAUUGAUAUUAAUAUUAUGUUUCUUAUUACCAUUCUAACACCUUCCUAAUGGUGCACACCAAUAAAAUAUUAUUAACACUUGAUGUGUUUGCCUAAAAUUGUAAAAAAUUUAAGGUGGCCCAACCUAUUUAUAUGCGUGUUGGUUAUGUUUUUGAAUCGUGCAAACAGUCGAUUAUUCAAUCGUGACCAUACAACUUGCUGCACAAAAGGGUUGGUCAAAUUUAACCUUAAACUGCUACGCAAAGACAUUUGUGAAAGUUGACGCACAAACAGAGGAAGAGUGCCAACAGACUAUCUCCUAUUUGAAAGGGUAAUUCUUACCCUAGCUUUAUUGCAAGAAACUGAGUAAUCAGAACCUAUGGCAAAUACAGUCAGCACUACAAGAAGAACAACUUUAUGCUGAGUGUGCGGUGAAAUUGAAGACCUUCCAUUCAUCAAACUUACUUUGUAUUUGUCCCUCUCUUUUUGAAACAAUUCUUAACUAAGCAAAAUAUAGUAUCUACGAAAAACUCUCAAGAGUUCUUAGAGUUGCAGGUUCCCAUCAUGAGGAGAAAUAAAGCCACUAACUCCAGUACUUCUAACCAUCCAUUUUUGCAAUGAAAACCUUGUAUUUGCUAAUUUAUUCAAGAUUUUUAGAGUUGCUGUUACAUUCACGCAGGAAGUUUGCCACUUGGGGAUAAAGAUGAAGAAAAAUAUGACAGUCUUCUUAUUCUUCUCAUUAUCCCUGAUGGCAAACUGCCCUUGUGAAUGUGAUGGCAAUUAGUCUAAGAAACUCGACUGAAUUACCAAGUACAAGGGUUUUCACUGCAGUUGAAAAAAGGAUGGUUCGAAUUACUGGAGUUGGUGGCUUUAUUUUGCCCCAAAAUGGGAACCUUCGAUGCUAAAAACUGGUGGGAGAUCUCUGUAGAUGCCAUAUUCUACUUUUUAUAAGAUUUUUUUUUUAAAAGAAAAGAUCAAAUACACAGUAACUUUGAUAAAUAGAAGUUUUUUAAUCUCAUUGUGCACUCAGCAUGAAGUUGUUCUUCUUGUAAUGCCAACUGUACUCCCCACAGGUUUCUGAUUAUUCAGUUUCUUGCAAUAAAGCUUUGGGUAAGAAUACCCUUUCAGAUAGAAGAUAGUCUGUCGGCACUCUUUCUCUGUUUGUGUGUCAACUUUCACAAAUAUGUUAGCAUAGCAUUUUAAAAUUAAAUUUGACCAGCAUUCUGUGCAGUAAGUUUUAUGGUCCCUAUUGACUUCAAACUUGCAGAUAAAAAUGAGAGUUCUAAGGCUUAUGUGGUGAUGUUAGGGAAGAAUCUGUUGCAGGAUUUUGAAGUUCUCUACAUUUUUCAUAAAAUGUGGUUUUAAAUAUAUGCCGAUAUCUCAAGUGUUUUUAUAACUACAAGAAAAUAAGUAACAUUUUCUUCAUUAAGGAUGCCAAAAAUCACAGAAAUUGGUUAAAUCGUUCCUGCUGGAAAAAUGCGACCAAAACAAACAUGUAAAUAGGUUUUAGGCCACCUCAAGAACAGUGACCUUUCAUUCAAUCAAAUAAAUAAGACCAAGAUACAUGGUGGCAUACUUCAAAGAUCAGAAAUCUAUGUCCCAACACUGUAAAAAUCUGUUGGACCUUCCUAGUGAAGUCAAAUUGGAUUUACACCGUAUAUGCAUAACAGAAAGCUCUUCCAAGGUCUGAGAAUUACGGAGAAAAAAUUUCAUCUUAUGAAUCAACCCUGUUUUGAUUACAAAUUUAAACGUAACUUCUGCAGUUUAAGUUGCUUUGCUGACAGGUAUUCUAAUCCAUGAUCCCUACAAACAUACACAAACCAUUUGUAUAUUUUCUUACAAUCUUGUGCUAAUGCUUUUGAUGAUUUUUCUUUAUUAUACAUAUUAAAUUGUGUAAUGCAGUUGAUGUCUUAUAAAUGUCAUAAUGCAGAUUUCCAAAGAGGAGUUUGACACGCAGGCGAAGAAAUGCCUUGGCAAUGACAACAGUAAGUUUACAAUAAUUAUUUUGUAUGAUCAGAGCUGUGAUAAAACUUUGUGUCAAUUUGUUGUUGCUUUAUUAAUUUUUGUCAUAACAUAAUGUUAAACUUGCAGUCAGUGUAAUGUAACCUUUAGAAUCAACUAGGUUUUACAACAAGGGAAACAUGGCAUGCCUGAAACUAUCAUUUGUCGUUGACGUCAGUUCACAUAUUGAACAGUGUAAAAACUACCGUAAAUGAUAUAAAGUUUGUAUCAACAACAGGAACAUAACUGAAACUUCAGUAUACUGCACUAUAAAACACAUUUGUUUGUCAUGGACCAAAAGAAAUGAGUUUAGCUUUCCUCCCCUGAGUCAGAAAAGAAUUCGAUUUCCUCUACAUCGCCUAGUCCGUUAGUAUGGUAGACCAUCGAUGUUGAUGCUGGAAAUUAACGACCCACCAAGAGUAACGACACCCCGAAAGUAAUGAGCUGAAAGUGACGAGGGUUGCUACUAUGGGAACUUUACAUUAGGUUAUCUUAGAUAUCUGCAGCAUUAAAUGCGGUAAAGUGUGAUCAAUCUGUGCAUUUUGAUUGGUUAGAUUGUUGAACACACAGUACUGGGACAAAAACAGGCUUAACAAAGAACCCGUUCUUGUUUUACUCUAUAUAAAUGUUGUGGUUCAAUAAUUUUAUCCUUGGUUGAAAUUUAGUUUUCUCUUGUGUUUUAGUCUGUCAGUUUAUGAUAAUGACUUUGAAACACAGGGAAAUUGUACUGCAUAAACCAAGGAUGAAAUUAAACCACAACAUUAUCAUACAAUUUGUUCUAUUUGACUUUUUUUCAGUUCAUUUUCACAACGAUUUCUUACUGGCCAUUUUAGCCAAAUGUCAAGCCCUUGGGGCUACCCCAGGUGUGUUAUCUUAGUUAAUGUUAUAGGAUGAUUAUACGUUUCUGGGAAACUGCUCAGCUACCCCUCCCCUAAGCCAGCAUUAACACUUAUUUCUCACUUAGGUCAAAAUGUUGAUUUAAGGGUGGGGUAGGUAGUCAGUUUUCCAGAAAUGUAUAAUGAUCCAUGUUAUCUAACAUUAGGGACCUUGUCUUGCCUUGUACUUUGAAGCUGGAAGAAACAUGUUUGUCAUUUCUGAACAGUCUCUCUCCAUGAGCAGUGAGUAGCAUGUGGAGACGACUGUGUUUCUUGACUUUUGGUGACCCAAAACCUUAACUGCAUAUUUGGAUGUAUAUUCUGUAUAGUAUCAGACAAUAGGGAACUUUUUAAUAUGCAACAGGAUGGUAGAGCAAAGAAGGACGGCAAACCUUGUGUGACAAGCAUGAGAAAAAUUUUGUUAGAAAACAUUUUCUGCCAAACUUCACCUUCCUUUGAACAGAUAUUUUCGUAAAGGACCAGAACACAGUAAUGUCAAUUGAGGAUCACAACAAUCACUCAAGUUAUACCCCUGUCAUGUUUGUCACACACGGAAGUUUUGUUGUUUUCUACAGGCAGCAACAGUGGCACAACAUUGCAUGGAGGGGGUUGGGGAGGAUAAGCUACAUUUUUCUUCUUUAAAGUUGGCAAAACAUCAGAAGGUGUCUCAACUAAUUUUGUCAUGAUUGUAGCAUUACACUUGUAUGGUUAUUAUUAAAAGAUGAGAAUAGUAUCUACUGUUUAGUUCUGUUGAAUGAAUUUCCUUUUCAUUUCUACAGCAUCACAUCCCAGAACACCACAAAAGCUGGCUCCUAAACCACAGCUGAUCAAGAAAGGAAAAAUCAAGAAACCCAAAAAAGUAUUAAAGGCAAAUUUUGAGGUAAAGAUGAAUAAAUGUAACCCAUUAAAACAAAUGUCUUGCAUGAGUUUGAGCCAUUCUAAUCUUACUGACUGACUGUGUUCGUUUUAUAGCAAAGGUUCACUCCAUGCGAUCCUCUUCAAGGAGCUCCUGAACUCUCCCUUAAAGAAUUAUCAGAAGAAAGUGAAAUUGGACUUUGUACCUAUGAUAUGAUGUUACCCGACACUGCUACAAUAUAUGGUCGAUUGUUUCUUGGUGCUUGGGAUGCAGGAUUGGAUAAUGUGGCUGAUGAUACUGUUAGCCUCAUGCUUCAUGCUACUGAGGUAAUACAGCAUUGCUUAACUCUAACAAACACAGUUAAAGAAACAUAGCUGAUGUAGCUAAAAUCUUCUGUCAUGUAAAACCAGAAUUCAACCUAGUUGGAAUAGAAGUUUCCUCUGUUUUCUAGCCCUCUAGUUAUUUUUUGAGACAAAGAGAAUAAAAAAUCAACCUACAUGUAGGUUAAAUCAAAAUAACUGAAAUUUAACCUGGAACAUACCCACCUGAAAUGGCACUUAUGUUUUCUAGCCCUCUACAUAUACUUUUUUGAGACAAGGGGAAUAAAAAAUCAACCUACAUAUAGGUUAAAUCAAAAUUACACCUGAAAGCAAAUUUGACCUGGAACAUACCCACCUGAAAUGGUGGUAGUGUUUCUUUAUUUGGGUCUCAUAGAUUUAGGCAGUAUUAGUAAGCCUGUGUUGCCUGUGAUUAGAGUAGUAGACAAUGAGUAGUCCCUCAUUUUGUAUAGGGAUACUAGAGCGAGCUUAAGUGGGAACAAGCAUGAAAUUGCCAUUUGUAAGGAGGGGGACAAGCAGAGGGAAAUUUCUCUCCUUCUUCCAUGUCUCACCUCUCCCCACAGGUGACAAACUUUCACGUGCACUAACAUAUUUUGCUUGCUUAACAAUCCUUGAGGAAAGCGAAGGACUACUAGUCUUGUAUUCUGUUUUAAUGGUGGCUAUGUAGGCACAGUAGUAAUUGUAAUAAAUAUUGCAACGAUCAUAAUUAUCUUCAUUAAAUCUGUAUUUCUGAAGUUCACAUCAUUCUAUGAAAUAUUUUGAUUAUAACCGAAGAAGGCAUCUGAUGUUGCAGGCUAUGGAAUCUGCUGCUGUCAUUAUUUCAAGCAGCUACAUGUAGAUAAUGUGUAGAAAAUCAUUAUUAACUUAUCUCUGCGAUGCUGUGUGUCGAAUUCCCACAAGUGCAGUACAUCGAUUUUAGUGAGUCAAUUCAUGUUUGAAAGUGGCCGCCAUUGUGACUAGUGAACACAUUAACUUAUCGAUAAUUUUUGUGGUCAGUCGCUUUUUGAUCUUUAAGGUGUUCCCUAAAUGGAUUAAAUCCAGGCUUGGGGACCCUGACAAUUUGUCCCUUUCCCCUGAAUAGAGGUGUCCCUUCAAUAGAGGCAACAAAUACAAAGAUUCUGUGAACAUUUUUCCGGGACCAAAUUUUGUGUCCCCUGAAUGAAGGUGACCCUUGAAUUAGAGGUGUCCCAAAGGAGAGGUUUCACUGUAAAAACAAAAGCAAACAAAACAAAGAAAGGUAUUAAUAAUAGCCAUGCAAAUUACUUUUUGAUAUUUUAUAAAUCCUGAAAGACUAUUACUUCAAUUUGACAUUCGUAAGGUUGAGAGAAGUAAAUUGGCCACACUAAUUAAGCAUUUUGAGUUUGAUUCUUUCUUCCUGUUUAACUUCUUUCAAUUCCCUUUUUUUAAUUUUCCUAUGACAGCGUUAGUGUAAAUAGGUGUAGUGAGAUGUACUAAGGGGUCACCAGUGCCAUCUAGCAUAUAUAUCACUAUCAGGCUUACCAACACAACAAGAAAUUCGGCCUAAAUUAAUCAGUCGCAUUUCUUAUUAAAGGCACUAAUGUUUGCAUAUUACGUGGACAUACCCCUGUGGUAAGGUCAAGAAUUUAACUUAGUGGAAUUUAUUGUUUUUGAUUGCAGCACCUUGUAAAAGAUAUCUUAACAGUUUGUUGUUCAACGAGAAGUUCUUUCAGACUUAAAGAUGGACAUUUUCGCUACGCCAUCGGUAGCACCUAUCCUAGGCUACAUCUCAGAAACAGUACAAGUCCCUGGCCUCCAAAUUCUGAAAGGUGAGGCAUUAGUAGUAAUCUUUAUUUCGAUUCGGUUAAAACUCAUCAGGAUUACAUAAAUAAUAAAGUAGAAAAAAAUUACAGUAUAACCAUCAAUAUUUAUACAAGAAAAUACGUAUUCUAAAAAAACAAAACCUGCUUUUCAAGGGUGCCCUGCGUUGAAGGUAGUAACGUGUGCAGUGUCUGAAAACUCUGAAGGGUUUGAGCUUGCCGCAACUCUAUUGGAAGACUAUUCCGGAGCACUGCCCCGGCAUAGGUAAACUCCUCUUUCGGAAUUCAGUACGAGGAAGCGGAAGGGAAAGUUUGCCCUCGGAGUCUUUUAAUGAAUGGGUUGAUAGACUACAAAUUUAGAACGGAGAUAAUCUGGGGCAAGACCGUCGUGUGAUUUAUAGAUCAUAACUACGUUUUGAACCUUUCGGUGGCAAUCCAGGCAUCAUUUGUGUUUUUUCUUUUCGUAGUAUUUGCAGACUUUAUUCAGAACAAUUCAUCAGUUUGCCUUUCUGUGUAGUGGAAAGCUAUUUAUGUAGCUUUAAUCUUAGUCCUUUUCUAAAGUGAAGCAAAAAAAAAUGUGUCAACAGAAAAUGUUUGUUUGAAAAUUCUAAAAUUUAAACUGGCCGUUGCUUCCCAACGUGCUGUGAAUAAGACAGGAAAAAACAAAUGGUUUGCAUUUCCCCCUUUCCGUGUUGGUAAUUUUUGAAACGUCCCUCUCUCUGUCCAGAAAAAAUUUUUAUUUGUCCGGGAUUCGACCGGCUGGGAUAAUAGUAGCCCGAGAAAACAGCCGACAUUUGGCGAAGCUACCACUGGUUUCCCCGCCAAAUGACGUCUGAGAAAAAAGCGCAGAAACUCCAUACUGAUGACGCGUCACUACCAAAAUCUGGGUAGCGCUUAUGAUUACUUCUGAUUGGAUGAAGCAAAUUUUCAACCAAUCAGAAGCACUCAGGGCCCAGAUCUAGGUAGUGACACCACAUCAGAUGUCAUUUUCGCGGGAAAACUAGUGCUACCUCUACUGAUAUACUCUUUAACGCUUUCACAUCGAAAAGAGAUUAAAAAACUAGUAGUGGCGUCGCGAGAUGUCGGCUUUUUUCUCAGGCUAGGGAUGGUAGAUGACGCGGGUAUUCCGAAGUCAGAGUGAAGCAACACAUUGGUUGAGGUAGGCACGAGAGAUAUCUUAAUUAGACCAGCUGACCAUAGUUUACCGAUUUUGUGUGAUUUGUGAUUAGGUCUGUUGGCAACAGCAAUAACGGCAGAACGUUAGAACAAGCUGAAGCGGAAGCAGCAGUAACUAUUGCCUCUAGUGAUAGCAGAGUUGUUUCUAAUCCCCCUAUAUCACUGAUGGAUCUUAGAGACGCUUUACAGGUGAGCUACAAAACUUUAGGAUACCCAAGGUUUUAAUUUAAAGACACAUUUGACUAGAUGGUGUUAUGACUGUUUUAUUGUAAGAGUGUUGUGACCUAGUUGAUUUUUAGUCGUUUAGUCGCGUAAAUUGCUUGCAAUAUGACGGAUUUUCAAUUGGGCAUUUUCGAGUCUCCCGCCGAGCGUCUGCUUUAAACCAAAGCAAAGUGCGAAGUCAUAUAUUACGAAAAUUAUUUUUUAUUUUCAUACAAAUAAAACUCAUUUUCACGAGAAACGCUUCGCACUUUGCCUCGUUUUGAGAGUGAAAGUGUUUGAAACUGGGAAAUGGCUUAUUCCCGUGGCCCGUACCGCACUUGUCAAAGAAGGCUGGGCUUAAAGAAAUCGUGACUUUUUAAGUGGCACUCUAUCUGAUUCAUCCAUUUCGUUUCUUAUUUCAGGUUCAUCGGAGAGUAAUUCCUUCACAUACUGUUUAUUCGGCUAACAUUGAAAGAACACUAGCGAAUAUGUGUCAUCCAAGUAACGAUGAACUCGAACAAAAUCAGCUCCAUAAACUGGAGGCAAGGCGAAGAUACGAAAGACUGAAGCAACAACGGAGCUUACGAUUGUAA